AAUCACAGCUGUCCUCGGCUGUGGCAGGCCACAAGUGAAACCAAACACUAAAAUCCAAAGAAAACUCUCCUGUGAGCUGCAACACUGACCACAACAAAUCCAUAAUCGCAACUACUCCAUAAUCACUCGCACUGAAAAUUUCGCUUCUCCUGACAAAUAGGACUCCUUCAUCAAAGUAAACCAAUGGAGUCGAUAGGUGUUCUAAUGACUUGCCCUCCAAUCUAUCCCCACCUCGUCGAAAAACUCGAGAAGCGCUUCACCCUCUACAAGCUUCAUAACGCCCCAGACAAGACUCAUUUCAUCAAUUCUCACAAGAAUUCUAUCCGGGCUGUUGUGGGAAAUGCUGGGUUUGGUGCCGAUGCUGAUUUGAUCGACCAAUUGCCGAAGCUGGAGAUUGUCUCUAGUUACAGCGUCGGGCUUGAUAAGGUUGACUUGCCCAAGUGUAAGGAGAAAGGGAUACGGGUCACUAACACGCCUGAUGUUCUGACAGAUGACGUCGCCGAUUUAGCUAUUGGGUUGAUGUUGGCGGUAUUGAGGAGGCUGUGUGAGAGUGAUCGGUAUGUCAGGAGUGGCAAGUGGAAAAAGGGUGACUACAAGUUGACAACUAAGUUUACUGGGAAGUCAGUCGGCAUUAUUGGGUUGGGCAGGAUUGGCAUGGCAAUUGCCACAAGAGCAGAAGCAUUUAGCUGUCCAAUUAGUUACUAUGGUAGAACAGAGAAACCGGAUGUAAAAUACAAGUUCUAUCCAAGCGUUGUUGAAUUGGCUGCCAACUGUCACAUCCUUGUUGUUGCAUGUGCGCUAACAGAAGAAACCCGCCACAUUGUCAAUCGAGAAGUCAUCAAUGCAUUAGGUCCGAAGGGGAUCCUCAUCAACAUUGGUAGAGGUCCUCAUGUUGAUGAACCUGAGCUGGUGUCUGCACUGCUUGAAGGAAGGUUAGGUGGUGCUGGGCUUGAUGUGUUUGAAGACGAGCCUAAUGUCCCUGAGCAGCUGUUUGGUCUUGAAAAUGUAGUUCUAUUGCCUCACGUCGGAAGCGGUACGGUAGAAACCAGACAAGCCAUGGCUGACCUUGUUGUUGGUAACUUGGAAGCACAUUUCUUGAACAAACCUCUGUUAACUCCAGUGGUCUGAUGUUGACAUAAAAAUUUGUGAAUACAAGACUGAUCAGAGGCAUCAUCAUGCUUCUGUGACUUGCAAUUGAUCUGGAGAUCAUUAUUUUCCAGGACUUGGCAGGAAUGCCUUGAUGGAAGGAAGUAUUCUCAAGCUUCCAAUUUGUAUGUCUGAAUUUAUUUUCUUCUUAGCACUCUUAAGAGAUAUUACUCUUAUGAAAGGACAUUUUGUGUUCGAUAAAUCUCAAAUUUCUGCUCAGGUGUGAUGCAUAACUGUAGUUUUGAAGAUUGAAAGGAAAAGACUUUAGCAGUUUUCAUC